UAUUUCAAACGCUAUGAUGAUCAAGACACCAGGACAAUGAUCGGGGUCGCAUUUUAUCUUGAACGUCAACAAUGAUGUAGGUAGGGAGCUUGGGAGGAUGAACUCGUGGCUCAAAUACCUGUGGGAAACAAGGCCGACAUCUUUUAUAGUUUCGGGAAUCGUCACAUCAGCUGUUGCUUAUGGAAUCUACAAAUUAAUCAUAUUCUUUCAAGAAUCAGAAAGCAAGCCCGAUGAAUACUUCCGACACGUUCAAAACGUAACUCGUUCGGAGCGUCCGAGGACACGAGUACUUGUGGUUGGGUUGGAUGGGAGCGGGAAAACCGCAUUUGUGGAGUGUCUAAGUAAGGGAAAGGAAAAGAAUGAAAUGCCGCGACCCACUGUCGGCUUCAACGUCAAGUCUGUCACCAUAGGGGACGUCAUGUUCGACAUCUGGGAUGUUGGGGGAUCAGAAAUGUGUAGAACUUAUUGGAAGGAAUUUGUAAAAGGGAUCCAUGUAAUAGUUUGGGUGGUGGAUUCAACGGCAAGCAAGGCGAGGUUAGAAGAGAAUGCUGACGAACUGAGAAGGUUUCUGAGUUUGGAGGCCGCUAGUAACAUUCCAAUUCUGUUUAUUGCAAGUAAACAGGAUCGGGAAAAUGCCCUUCCUCCAGAUGAAGUGUUGCGACAGAUACAAGCACAAGAAAGCAUUGGUAGAAACCGGAAGAGCGCCGUUGUUGGAACCGAGGUUGUCCCAGGUGGAGGACGGAAGGGGAUAUGGAAUUCGUAUAAGCAGCUUGUUUAUUUAACCUCAUAGCGUCAUAGGAAAUUAUUUUUAUUUUGACAAAAUAACUCAUUUUUAUUAAUUAUAAAAUAUAUUUUAUAUUGCUACAAGCAGAAUGUUAGUAAAUUGUAAUAUUGAUUUUUUUAUACGGCGGUUUAGAGUCGGUGGAUUUAUAUACAUGUACCAUACAUUGUAGGCGUUUUUUGUGAUACUAAUGCAACUUUUAAAGCAAAUACUUUUUGUUGUUUAAUAAUACUUUUAUUGGUAUUUUUACACAAAUUUUUAUUGUAUACUUGUGAAAAAUAAACGAAAUAUUUUACUAUA